CCAGUAUCUCCGACCUCCGAAAAGGUUAAAUAAAAAUGUUCCAAAAUCGAUUACUCGCGUCCGUGAAAACUAUACAGAAAUUUUAUUCGCAACGUAACAAGAGCGAUGUGGGCUUUAUUGGCGUUGGAAAUAUGGGGCAGCGCAUGGCGACAAAUCUUAUCAAGAAAGGGAGACGUGUAAAAGUUUAUGAUGUAUCAAAAGCUGCGAUGGAAAGUGUUACCGGUGCUCUACCAUGUGAAAGUCCACAAGAGGCAGCUGCCGAUGUAGAUUUUGUGAUAACUAUGCUACCGGAUGGCGAUGUAGUAAAGCAAGUGUUAACGGCGGAAAAUGGAGUUUUGAAAGGAAUUAGCAAAAGGGCUUUACUAGUCGAUAGUUCGACCAUCAACCCCUUAACAGCAAGAGAAUUGCACAAGACUGCCGAAGACGCUGGCAUUAAAUUUUUAGACGCGCCUGUUGCGGGUGGCACUGCUGGCGCGUCUGCAGGUACGUUGACCUUUAUGGUUGGAGGUAAUCAAGACGCCGUAAAAGCAGCCCAGGCGAUUUUACUACAGAUGGGCGGAAACGUUAUGCACUGUGGCGGACCGGGCGCCGGCCAAAUUUCGAAACUUUGCAAUAACAUGAUAGUGGCGGUGAGUAUGAUCGGAGUCGCCGAGGCGAUGAAUUUGGGCGCGAAGAUGGGCUUAGAUGUGAACACGUUGGUGCAAGUGGUGAAUACGUCUACGGGUAGAUGUUGGAUUUCCGAAAAGUACAAUCCGGUACCUGGGGUCAUGAAAAACGUUCCUUCCGCUAACGACUAUAACGGCGGUUUCCGGUCCCAGUUAAUGGCAAAAGACUUGGCACUUGCGUCCAGUAUUGCAAUCAGUUGUGGAGCGCCGAUUCUGCUAGGAUCUGCUGCGCAUGAAAUUUACAGAACUAUGGCGGCUUAUGGAUAUGGAAACAAAGACUACAGCUCCAUUUAUAAAUUUUUACAGGGCCAACAUUAAACGAUUACCUGAGUACAAUGUA